AUGCCGCUGGCGUGCAUGCCCGACUGGGUGACUCCCGUGAGCUUCGACCCGAGCGCCAUGGCCGCGCGGGGCGCCGCCAAGGGCGCGGGGCAGCAGGAGCCGAUGAGAGUGGCCCUCCACCCGCGCGAUGGCGAGAUCCCGUGGCCCGAGCGCCUGGCGCACCCGGCGGGCGCCCGCCUCGGCGCCGAGCCCCCGCCCUCCGAGGGGAAGGCCUCGCGCACGCAGCGGCGCCGGGCGCAGCGCAAGCUCUGCCGCUCGGCGAGGGCCAGGCUGGUGAUGGCCCCGACGGGGCAGGGCGCGCCUCGGCCGUCGGACGAGGGCUGGGCGUGGUCCGCAUGCGGUCGGUGA